AUGGGAGAUUCACAACGAAAAGGUAAAACUAUAUCUAACACAUGGACCUCGCAAGAAAGUAAUAUGUUGUUGGAACUGAUGGUUGGUGCUGCUAAUCGUGGAUGGCGUGAUAGUAAUGGUGUAUUUAGCAAGCUAACUGUGGAAAGCAAGAUACUUCCUAAGCUUAAUGAAGCACUUAGGACACAGCCAUACAAAGAUUCACUGUCACGAAUGAAAUAUGGGAUAACUACUUUAAGAUGCAAGAAUUUUGGGCAAGAUGAAAGUACACAUGUUAUGAUAGAUAACUAUGUAUAUGAUGAGAUUAACGAGGAUUGUAUUGGAGCUAUUGAUGACACACAUAUACCAGCAACAAUAAAGGGUCAUGAUGCAAGUAGCUAUCAUAAUCGCCAUGAAAAAAUUUCACAAAACAUAUUAGUAGCUUGUAACUUUGAUUUAGAGUUUAUAUACGAAUUCAUUGAAUGGGAGCGUUCGGCUCAUGAUUCAAAAUUGCUACAUGAUGCUUUAUCUAAAUAUUUUCUGGUGGAUUGUGGAUUUCCAAAUCGUCGAUAAUUUUUAACUCCAUUUUGAGGGAUUCGAUAUCAUUUGCAAGAUUUUGCUAGGCUAGGCCGUCACCCUGAAACUGUAGUUGAAUUGUUCAAUCUCUGUCACUCUUCAUUAAGAAAUGUAAUUGAGAAGAUAUUUGGUAUAUUCAAAUCUAGAUUCACAAUCUUUAAGUCUACACCUCCAUUUUCAUUUAAGACACAAGCAGAGCUAGUUUUAGCUUGUGCAGGAUUGCACAAUUUUCUUUGCAAAAAAUGUCACUCUGAUGAGUUUCCGAUAGAGCCAAAUGAUGAAUCUCCAUCAUCGUUAUUAACACAAGAAAUUAAAAGAAAUAAUUUUGAAAAGUUGUUUGAAAGUCAAGAGCAACAACGAGAGAAUGGUAAUGAAUGGAGAACUACAAUUGUUUCAAAUAUGUGGACGGAUGCCCAAAACGCAAGAAAUCAAAGUAAUAAGCGAUGA